AUGAAGUUGCGAGUUGCAGUCCUACAAAUCAACUCUCUCUUGGGCCAACCUCAACAGAAUAUUCUGAAAUGCAAAUCACUUUUAUCUUCAAUCCCCAAGGAUGACAGCCAGCUUGAUCUCGUUGUGCUCUCAGAACUCGCCAUCACUGGCUAUAAUUUUGCAUCGGCUUCACACAUCAAACCAUUCUUGGAGUCUCCCACGCAAUUUGGACCCAGUUUGGAAUUUGCACAGGAAAUCAGUCGAAAACAUAAUUGUUUUACUGUAAUUGGUUAUCCUGAAUGCAGUAAAAACUCAAAAGACUGUUUACAAGAGCCCAACUUGAAUAUCUACAAUUCCUGUGCCGUAUUUGAUCGACAGGGAAAUAUUAUACACAAUUACCGUAAAACAUUUCUUUACGAAACAGACCAGGUAUGGGGAUGUUUAGAAAACCCACAAAAAUCAUUUACACCAAUAAAUGUGGAGUUCAAAUCAGGCAAAGAAAAAGUUGUUACAAAUUUCGGUAUAUGCAUGGAUCUCAACCCAUACAAGUUUGAAGCACCUUUUCAGGCAUUUGAAUUCUCGCGUGCUUGCUACCAGAGCAAAUCACAACUAGUGAUUUGUCCCAUGGCGUGGCUUUCACCCAAUUCACCAUCCUUAUUCAAAGAACAAGCGGAAAAGCCAUCUACUGAUUUGAAGGACGAGCCAUGCAAUCUGACUAUAAACUACUGGAUAUUGAGGUUUUUCCCAUUUUUAUCACACAAGUACAGCUUUAUGCCCAAAUGGUGGAGUGAAAAAAACACCAAGGUGAAUGUGAUUUGCUGCAACCGUGUGGGUAUGGAAGAUGACAUCUUGUAUGGUGGAAGUUCAUGUAUUUUAGAGUUUAAUGGAAAGGAAGGAAACGAUGAAGUUGGGACGGAGAAUCCAAGUGUAAAAGUGUUGGAUAGCUUAUCACAAUGCAAGGAAGGGAUCAUGGUUAAAGAGAUUGAAGUUUGA